UUCGGUGGGUGUGUUUUUUGUGAGAAAUGUCAUCUGCGUAAAGUGUCACUUGUCUGUGUUUACUUAUUAAUCUAUUAACUAUCAGCUGCCUUUUUUGCAUAAUGGAUGAAUCGUCAAAAGAAGGAAAAGGAAGGCAUGAUCUUCUUCUUCAGGAAAUUGAAGCCAUUGACGAUUAUUGGGGUCCAACUUUCCGUGCUAUUUUCGACACGGAUGAAUGUGAUGCUUUUGCUGAUAAAUUGGAGAGCAGAAUACGCAGCCAUGAUAGGGACAUUGAAAAGCUCUGCAGCGCUCACCAUCAAGGUUUCAUAGAAUCUAUCAGAGAUCUUUUGGAAUUGAAAGGAUUAGCAAACAGAAUUCAUGGUGAGGUUCAAACUAUUGACAGUGACAUCUGCCGUUCUGUCACCCAGUUGAAAUUAAAAGGACAAGAAUUGGCUGAUGCAAGAAGGAUAGAAAGAAAUAUGAAAACUACCAUAGAAAUGCUUCAAAGUUGUUUACCUGUGCUCAGAGCUUACAUUAAGCUGCAGCAGCAAAUGAAAGAAAAAAGGUACUAUCCAGCACUGAAGACACUGGAACAGCUGGAGCAUAUUCAUUUGCCAAGCAUCUCCCACUAUAGAUUUAGUGAACACAUGAAGAGAAGUCUCGCCAAAGUGCGUGAGUCUAUCAAAGAGGCCUCUAUGAUAGAUCUGAAAGACUUUUUAGAAAGCAUCCGCAAAUAUUCACCUAAAAUAGGAGAAGUGGCCAUGAGACAUACGGCAGAGCAGCUCAACAUUGACAUUUCAGCCAAUUCGUCGGUGAUCAAACGCUUAAUGUCGCCCACCGUCUCAGGUGAAUUUGACUACGAGGCCCAGUCUGAAAGCGUAUAUAGCGUCGAAGAAGAUCUCAGCGCUCAAGAUUUGGUAGAUUUUUCACCUGUUUAUCGUUGCCUUCACAUCCACACUGUGCUAGACGCCAAAGAAACGUAUGAAAACUAUUACCGGAAGCAGAGGAAGAAGCAGGCUCGAUUGGCCCUUCAACCCCCUACCAAUAUGCACGAAACGAUCGAAGGGUACCGUCAAUACUUCCACGGCAUCGUCGGCUUCUUCGUUGUGGAAGACCACGUCAUGAACACUGCCAGCACCUUAGUCAAUCGUUCCUACCUAGACGAUGUCUGGAAUAUUGCCGUCUCCAAAAUAGCUUCUUCUGUUCGCACUCAUUCGUCCUAUUGUACGGAUCCGGCCCUCAUGUUGAAAAUUAAAAAUCUCGUUAUGCUUUUUAGCAGCACUCUCAGAACGUAUGGCUACAGUGUGUCUCAACUGGUCGAAUUACUCCAAGAGAUUCGUGACCACUAUAACGAAGUAUUGAUGCAACGAUGGGUCCACGUCUUCCGUGAUAUUUUCGACGAAGAUAAUUACCAUCCAAUCCAAGUUACGACAGCUGCCGAAUAUCAGCGUGUAAUCGAUUCCUUCCCGUAUAGGGACGGCCAUUUAGAAGCCGCUCCGUUCCCCAAACGUUUCCCGUUCAGCAGUUUGGUGCCGAAAGUGUACCGGCAGAUCCGCAACUACAUCCAGGCGUGCCUGCAGUUCUCGCAGGAUCUGAAUUUGGCCGACCAGGAGAUCGACGACACGCUGAGGCGCUACACCAAUUUGCUGCUGACGCGGACGCUCAGCGGAUGCCUUUCGACGCUGAUCCGCAAGCCGUCGCUGUCGCUCCUCCAACUCAUUCAGAUCUCGAUCAACACCAAUUACCUGGAGGAGUCCAACGGCUGGCUGGAGGAGUUUAUCGCCCAGCUGACGGGGGCCUCGCGUGAGUUGUCGCACAUUGCCCGGCUGCAAGGGCGGGCCGUCUUCCGCGACGUGAGGGACGACGCCGAGCAGCAGAUCUACGAGGCCCUCAAGCGCAAAAUGGACGAGUUUAUGGAGUUGGCCAACUACGACUGGCAGCUCAAUGAGCCAUCGGGUCAAGCCUCUUCUUUCCUGAUGGACUUGAUCGCCUUCCUGCAGAGCACCUUCCAGGCCUUUACCAAUCUCAAGGAACACGUUGCCCAAAACGCCUGUCUGACGGCCUGCCGUCACAUCGCUGAAAUUCUGAUGGAUCUUCUACUCAGCGACGAUGUCAGAUCAAUUUCCAUGGGAGCCCUUCAGCAAGUAAACCUUGACGUCAUUCAAUGCGAGCAAUUUGCGGCUUCCGAACCGGUCCCGGGGUUCGAGGACGGGACCUUGUUGUCUUCAUUUUUGGACCUGCGCCAGCUACUGGAUUUGUUGCUGUCCUGGGACUGGUCAGCUUACUUUCACGAUUAUGGUCAGGAUACCAGCAAAUACCUGCGUGUUUCGCCCCAGCGAGCCAUUACCGUUUUGGAAAAGUUGCGUGAGGCUGACAAGCGGACGGUGUUUUCCGUCCUGAAAAAGAGCGAGCGAGACAAGAAGAAGCUGAUGGAAACGGUGUUGCGUCAGUUGAGGCAGCUGCUCCAAUCUUCGGCCUGAUCCUGCCAGUCGUCCCAUUAUUACCUUCCAUCGUUCCAUGUUAUCCCAUUCAUUUUUUUCUCUUUUUCAACCGUUGUACAUGUGUGAAUCCGGUGCCUUGUAAUCGAAUUUUGGCUAUUUAGAUCGGCUCAUGUCGUCUGUGUUUUCCGUCUAUCCCUGGAUUUAAAAAAGAUUCAGCUGAUUGUUGCUAUAGAUUCUCUCCACCUCCAUCGCUUAUUUCUUCCACCUUAAUGAUUCAUGUUUAUUCAUUCCCCACAUCACAGGGUUGUCUUCUAGGAAUAAUGAACCCCGCUGGACAUCGAAUCUGGCUAGUUCAUAACAUUUCCUUUCUUUUUUAAAAGGAAACCAAAACGGCUUAUUUUUGUUGUGAUUCAUAUAGCAACUUCCUUGCAUCUACUUAUACCCCCUCUGCGCCUUCGUUUUUUUUUUUUUUCGAUGUUUACCAUCGUCUAUUUUUGUUGCACAUUGUCAAAGUGUACAAACACAAACUGCAUGAAAAUAAAGGAAAAUACAGAACCCUUUAAAAGAA